CUUGCACCACCAGUCUCCACCACCGGCCCAGCAAAAGGUACGCAAUAUACAAGAGCAGUACUGUACAACAAUCGAAUCAUCCGCGAACAGCAGUGUCAGUAUAGUCGUGAAGACGUGUUAGACAGGGCACGCGUACCGGCGGUGCACUGUCGUAAUUUCGUGUUGUAUGCGAUGUCACGUGCGUUGUUAUUAAAACGGCAUAUAAGUAGUUCGGAAUCGGAAUACGGUAACUUUAAAGUGAAACCGGAGCCGGAUUAUUAUUCGCGAACGACAUCCGGCAUCGUAGCCGAUACGACGUUACCGAUUUAUGGCGAUCGACUCGGAAGCCUAUAUGCGAGUGCCGCAGCAGCCGUAGACGCCAUCUAUAGCGAACCUCUAUGCUUGGCUCCGCUGGAUCUGUCGAUCAAAUCAACAAAUACACCGAUCACACCUCCUUCGACGCCUUCGCCAUGUCUGCCUGGCAGGAAAACCAAAGUCGAAGAUUCGCCUCAUGUCACACCGAUCAAAACCCAACCACCUACAACUCAGCAACCCAUCCAGCCACAUCCUCAACCUCAACCUCAACCUCAGCAACCUCAACCAGUCGUAUCUCGCAAACCAGCCAAAGUGAGCAAAAAACAAAAAGCUAACAGAAAGUUGAAUUUCGACGAAGAUAAAUCAUCUCCUGUAUCCGGUACCAUUAUUCGAGACCGAUCCGAGCUGAGCGACGCUCACGUAAUGGUUCAAAAAGGCGACAUCGACCCGAUGUACAACGUCGUCGAGGUCACCGAAGAAGCCAAAGCCGAGCUGGCCAAAAUCGAGAACAAAAUCGGCGACUACGUGUGCAAGCUGUGCAACAAGAUGUACGAAGACGCGUUCAGCCUGGCUCAGCAUCGUUGCUCUUGCAUAAUCCACGUCGAAUACAAAUGCCCCGAAUGCGAAAAGGUCUUCAACUGUCCGGCGAAUUUGGCCUCCCAUCGAAGAUGGCAUAAACCCAAAGUAGCCGCAGUAACCACCGCAGCAGCAGCCAAAUCUCUACCUCCUGUUUCAGUACAAGACUACCAUCACCAUCAUCAUCAGCAAUCCUAUAAAUUCCACCAUCACGAUUCCGAUCAGCAAGAUUCGCAAGAUAUGUACGAUACCAGAGACGACAGCGAAUCCGACAGCCAAGAAAUACAAAUACCUUGCCCUAUUUGCAGGAAACUCUUCCGCAAACAAACUUACCUCAGGAAGCAUCUCAGCACGCAUCAUAUCUCCGAAAUACAACACAGUAUAAGGCCAACUUUCGCAUUCCAUCAUAUAGCCGCCAACUGACCUUUACUAUUGCCGGAGUACUAUAAGGCACUCUGGCUCAGCAAUUCGGUGAGUGAAAAUGCAACCAGUUUUACUUCGCGUCUAUACCGUAACACCUACAAUAAUCAUUUCUAGUCUGCGAACAAUUUUUUCUAGUCUUUAAAAUACUUUAUUACGAGUAUUCUAGUCUUGACUCUCGAAAAUCCGAUUCUAGUCCGCGAAAAGUAAACUCUAGUCGAAUUUACUCUUUUUUUUUAUUAUUAGUAUUUCUUCCCCGAUUCUAGUCAAAAUAUUCUCUAGUCUUAAUUUCACAUCUAUAGAUAUAACUAUAGUAUUCGUACUAGUCAAUUAUAAUAACGUAAUUUUUUUCUAGUCGUAUAAUCUAGUCUGGAUUUUUUUUUUUUUUUCGAUGAAAAAAUCUCGAUUUUCGCUUACUCGAAUUACUUUGCUACUGUGUGUGUGUGUGAGUGUAUCUUACGUAAAUUUUUAUUGUUUUUUUUUCUCCUUAGAUUUUAAUUUUUUUUGUGAUCUGAUCACAUCUGUCUUAUAAUUCCCAUUUUCCUUGAUUUUUUCUCGUUUUUCCCAUUCCUCUCCUUUUCCUCACCUUAUAACAUCCAAUGUUACGUUUUCUAAGUCAUAAAUUUUUAAGUUUUACAUUAAUUCGUUUUAGUAUUGAGGCAUUCAUCGUAAGAUUCGUCGUAUUGGUUAUUUUUUUUCACCUUCGGUGUUUGAAAAAAAUGAAUUAAAAUUUGAAAAAAAUUUAGCCUCAACGGCCUAAAAGGCUUGAUAUUGGUUAAGCCAAAGGUUCGUUUUGUCUAAUCGUAGAUUAAUUGUUCGGUUUCGAAGUGUUUGCUUUUUUCGAAUUGUUAUUUUUUCAACAUUAUUUGUACCUAAUAAAUUUUCUCUUUUUUGAAAAAAUCAAUUUUUUUCAUUUCAAAAUAGAAAAAUUUGCAUUAUUAAAUUUUUUAAAUAUGUAAUCGAAUCAAAAAAUUUUUCAAUCCGUUUGUUUUUUGGGGGUUUGAAAAAUGAAUAUUGAGAAAAAAAUUAAUUUUUGGAGGAAUUAGAGUAAGUAAAUUUGUCAAAUGAAAAUAUCUUAGGAAGUGUUUCAACUUCAUGUCUAUUAAUUCUGGAUUUUUUAAACUGAAAAUCAAUUUUUAGGAAGCUCCCCUUUUGUUUCCAGAUAAGCCAUAAUACUUAAAAGGGACCAGUAUUUUCAUUUCAGAAUAGGAAAAUUUGUAUUUAAAUUUUUUACUUAAUCGAAUCGAAAAAAAUUUUUCAACUUUCAUUUGUUUUUUUGGGUGGCUUGAAAUAAAUAUUGAGAAAAAAUUAAUUUUUGGAGGAAUCAGAGUAAGUAAAUUUGUCAAAUGAAAAUAUCUUCGGAAGUGUUUCAACUUCAUGUCUAUUACCUAAUUCUGGAUUUCUUAAAAUGAAAAUCAAUUUUUAAAAAAUCUUAGGAGGCUCCCCUUUUGUUUCCAGGUAAGAAAAAGGGACCAGUAUUUUCAUUUCGAAAUAGGGAAAUUUGCAUUUAAAUUUUUUACUUGAUCGAAUAAAAAAUAUUUUUUUAACUCAUUUUGUGUUUUUUUUUUUUGGUGGCUUGAAAUGUAUAUUGAGAAAAAAUUAAUUUUUGGAGGAAUCAGAGUAAGUAAGUAAGUAAAUUUGUCAAAUGAAAAUAUUUUCGGAAGUGUUUUAAUUUCAUGUCUAUUAAUUCUGGAAUUUUUUUUUAUAAAAAUCAAAAAAUCUUAGGAGUCUCCCCUUUUGUUUCCAGGCAGAUCCGAAUAUUAAAAAGGGGCCAUUAAAAAUGGGUAUGAGGGAUGAAUAUUGAAUAUACCACAAAACAACCAAUUCUGCUUAAAAAUUCCCAUAAAAUCAAGCUAAGUUCAAAAAUGUAUAUUGUACUUCAAAGACGAAGAAAAACGUUUUAAAAGAGUUAUUUUAUGAAUCACCCCUCCCCCCUCCCACCAGGUGCGGAUUGGGAACCCAAAAAAAAAAACUAUACCCAUUCGAAAGUUUUUCAAACUUGAGCCCAGAACCCGGACGAAUUUCUCAAUCUACUGAAAAUGAUCUCGUAGAUUGAACAAAACGCAUUCGAGAAUUCACUUUCAAAAUUUAUAAAUGAGAAGAGGAAGGGAUUUGAGGGAUUAGAUGAGCUACAUGCAAUAUUUUCCAAAAGCAUGGGUAGAGGAGUAUUUAGGGGGGCAGGAGGCAGGAAGGAAACGUAUUUCUAAAUUUUUCGAAAUUCGAACAGAAAACCUUGAUUGAUUAAAGAGGCAAAAAAUUGACCAAAAUUGAAAUCGAGCAUUUUGACAAUUAAAUUUUUAAUUAACAAACUACCGAGAAAUUAUUCGAGGAAAAUUCGAAAGAAUGAAACAAAAUUAAUAAAAAUAUAAAAGUUGAACGAAUCGUAGCGAAAAGUGACGAAAUCCAGCAAAUGACACUUCAUUCUUCAAAUUACAGACUAGAGUCAUUUUGUUCCGGUGAUUUCCACUUGCGCUUUUCCUUCAAUUUAUUUUGACCAGUUGCGCUUUUCCAAGCCUGCUUCUUUAAAUACCACUUGCGCUUCUUAAAAACCAAUUUCAGGGGUUCUCAAAGUUUGGAAAUUUUGAUAGUACGAGUAUGUUUGUGCAAAGUCGUUCUUUUAUGGCGUUGAUAUUGGAUUACUGUGCGGAAGAGGAACAUUCUCGUGAUGUUACGAAUGCCAAAACAACGAAUCGAGGCUUUUUUUUUGAAAAAUAAUGAAAAAAAUCUGUAGGUAAUGUGUUGCAUGAAUUCAUGUUUUAUUCCUUUUUUUUUGUUUUCUUGAGCAAGGAGCAAGAAUAUGCCAUAAAAUACAAAGUAUAACAUUCUAUAGCUGCAGUUACCAAUGCUUUUUAAAAGCAAACUUGAAGUAGUUAGAUACUGUUCCAAAUGCCAUGGGGUGACCAUCAUAGAAUCUAACUAUCUCAUUUUUUGCUAUAAACAAAGCUUAAUACAUAUGUGUGUGUAGGGAUGGUGCAGAUGCAAGGCGAUGGUCCCGGCGCGCCCGCAGC